CCUAGCUCGCGACUCCGUCCACAUCCACGGCGAAGGAAGAUCGCACAUGCGAACGGUGAUAAGACGUCCUUCUUACGUCAUCGUGAUCCCGUAAAGAGAGAGAGAGAGAGCGCGCGCGCCCGUCGAUCAAUUCAUUCAACGUCGCGCCCUCCGUGAUUACCCCCGUCGCUAAUCUCGACGGCGCGUUCUCUCAUCGUGUCACUUUUCAUCACACAAGAUCAUGACAGAACACCGAGUGGUACCGGCCAGUGGGCAAGUCGCGGUGUAUUCGGUCGUCGAUGGUAUAUUGCGGAUUACUGAUGAUCGCGAAGUUCAUCAGGAAGUCAUCCUCGCGAUUGCCCGCGAUAUCCAAACACGGGUCGACCACGACGAGACUGGAAUAGAUCGGAUUCCAUUGCGAAAAUUGAGGAGACGCGAGAUCACCGAUCGAUCGGUCCUGAAAAGAAAACGAUAUUUGUGGAUAAAAACAAAUAAUCCGAAACACUCCAAAUGGACAGACAUAUUGCACACGAGCGAGCGAGUGAAAAGCAUCAGAAGCUAAGAUGCACGCGAGGACUCAUGUAUUUUUCUGAUUUGCUCGCGGAUCGCGAAACUACGAACACUGCUUAAUUCGACAAUAAUUUCGUUUCGAGCUGGUCGUUUGAUUUGAAAGUACACGAGCUUUGGAGAACUGCCGCGUUUCUACAAAUCGCACAGAAGAACAAGGAGCGACGCAACGCGUCGAAGAUCGUCGCUCCCCUUGAGAAGAUGAAAAAAUAUCAACUGCAGUCAAUUAAAUCGCUUAUCGAAUCACGCAAGUUAAAUCAUUAAUCAGCCGAGGAACUGCACAUGAAACGACGCAUUUCAUCCUUGAACAUCAUCCUUGAAAUUUCGCUCCAAAUAAUAGAAGAAAGAAAGAAUAAA